GAGGCGUGACACAUGUAAAUACAUCACAGUACAGCUAUAGCGGAAGAACGUGAAUGGAGGUCACGUCCUGCCGUCUCCGCCAUCACGGCUGUAGUACAAGAUGAGGUCAGCUACAAUUUCUACAGUGAAUAGGAUGAUACACUUUUAGGUGUCCAUCUACCUUAGACAGCUUCCAUACAUCAGACGUAUGUGACUCACUCUUCGACACACGGGAUGUAAAGUUCUCGACGCAUGAAAUGUGGACGAUGACGUUCUGUGCUCCCUUGCUGGUGUUUCUGCUCUCGGCGUCCUCGUGCACAGGAUACACGUUUCUCAACGACACGCAAUUCAACGGGACUAGUACCGUGGACCCGUUGCUGGCAUAUGGCAGUGUGGAAGAGGGCGAGAGAUGGGGACUGCAGGUAGCAGAGGCUCUCUACGGCAAGAGUGUGAAGAAUCUCAUCUUUGGUCAAGACCAGAUGGACCAGAUCCUGGCCGAGAAACGUCGCAGGAGUGAGAAGAGGAGACAUAAGAGGACCAUCACGUCACAGAAGUAUCUCUACUGGGAUGGCGCUUAUCUCCCGUACGAGUUCGACGCCGAUGUCCCACCUGACGAGGAGCACGAGACGCGAGUAGCCAUGAAACGUCACGAGCGGUUCACGUGCGUGCGUUUUAUACCGUGGGUGAAGAACACCACUCGAGAAAAGUAUAAUCUCACCACUGAAAGCCACGUGCGUCUCAUCAAAAAAAGUGGGUGUUGGUCUCUCCUCGGUAAUGUCAACAACCCCAAUGGCCAGCGUCUCAGCUGCUGUAGUCGGGGUGCGUGUGUCCAUGAACUGUCUCACGCCUUUGGUGUCUUUCACGACCACGUCAGCCCUGACCGAGGCGGCUUCAUCAGAGUCAACUGGAAAAACAUUGCCCUAACUAACUGGUUUAUCUUCAUGGAGGAGUACAGAGAGACAACUAUGUCCUUCCGGUAUGACCUCAGCAGCAUCAUGCACUAUGGUGUCAACGGGUUCAAGCAGGGUCCGUGGCCCUCCAUGACAGUGCUGUUCCACGACCUGGCCAAUCUGGACGGCAUGCGGGGUAACGUGUUCUACACCUGGCACGAGAUAGCUUUCACCAACCAGUGUAAAGCCCGGAUGUGCCCCGACUUCUCCAUUGAAUGUAUCAAUGAUGGCUUUGUGUCCUACGUGGAGGGGGCGUGUCGAUGUAUGUGUCCCCCUGGGCUCGACCCCAAGACUGGCUGCAGGACAGUCAUCAAGACAGUGGACUCGGUUCCCGAUUUUCCGGCUGGAGCCUAUGGCGUUCUGGGUACUUCCGCCGGAUGUCCGUCGAAUAUGUUCUUGAAUCGAACCUAUCAACCAACAGUGCGGAUGUCAAGCCUUGGCGACAGUUUCCAUUUAGGGGGAAACCUGACGAACCUGGUGUUUUGUUUGCAUUAUUCAACAUCCGACAAGACGCCCUGGGGGACUGGGAGAUACGCUACUUUAGCCGCAGACACCGGGGCCUGCCCGACCGGUUUUUCGAUGAAAAACGCGACAACCUCCACCUUCAUCCUGAGGCUCUGUUACCGUGACGACGGGUUCUCGGAGGAUGUCAUUUACCUUCCCAACGACACGCCUUUCAUUCUUUUUCCGAUCUCAAAGAAGGUGCCGUGUCAAAGCGUAAACGGCAUGAUGAGUACGCUUGAAAGUGUACGGAUAUCUACGAACGACAGAGUCGCGAAACUCGAGUCGAACAUCCCCUUCGAGAUAACCAGCUACGGUGAUCUGACGAUGUGGUUCUGUUACUACUCGAAGUACGACAGAGAUUGCGGGGACGUUAUAGAGCUGUCACGUGACAAUCCUUCUGUAGUGGUUACCUCCCCUGGCUAUCCGUCUCCAUAUCGCCCGUCGCUGGACUGUUACUGGCUUAUCAAGGCUCCUCUUGGAGCAACGAUGCUCAUCAACUUUGAAGACUUCGACGUGGGGGUUAAGACAGACAACUGUGAGGGGGACUCGUUCAUUAUCCGCUACAUCUACCCCGGUCAGCACGCCCCUACGAGAUGCGGUCAAGGCCUGGACCAGAGUUUCCGGACACUGAACAACACUGUGACCUUCCAGCUUAACACUGACCUCACUGGCCAUUACAGAGGGUUCAAGGCUAAAGUUGACGUCAUCCUCCCGGAGAGCCACUGCUACAAUACGGAGGACAACGGCCGGAGCUAUCGGGGUAGGGUCAACGUGACCCGAGACUUUCAGCCAUGCCUGCCGUGGGACAGGGUCACCGGAUGUCCGCACCAUAUGUUCAGUUCCGGAGACUUUGACGCAGUGCUGGAGGAAAACUACUGCCGUAACCCUGACAACAGCUUCCGACCCUGGUGCUAUACGAAGAUCUACGAAGGGCAAUGCGACCGGAACUACUGCGACGCCUGUGGCCUUGAAAAAAAGUAUGACAACUUCCCUGACUGUGACAAGCUGAAGAAUCAGGGUCUGUGUGACGGAGAUCCGAACAUCGCAGCUGCCCGCUGUGCCAAGACCUGCAACGUUCAACUGCCUGUCAAAGACAUGCCGUCCAGCUGUAGUCGACCCCCUCCCUCUGCUGACGGCCUGCUCUCGUUUGAGAAGAACUGGUACAACAUCGGAGCAACAGUACUCGCAAAGUGCCCGUAUGGACCGGAUGCUGUAACGAGGCGUUGCCAUAGCGACGGAUCAUGGUCACCCGCCAACUACGUGUGUGGAGUUUGCCCCAGCGGCUGGAGCGCCUUCAGGACUUCCUGCUACAAGUUCUUCAGUAAUCGUGUGACACAGACAAGAGCCACGGACAUCUGCACCAUCCACAACGCCCACCUCGCUUGGGCCGACGACAUGCAAGAGCUCGAGUUUAUUGUUUCAUUAAGACAAAAAUUAUGGCGGAUAUGGCUUGGCUCCAGCAGAGAGAGCGUAACGAACGUCUGGACGAACACAGAUGGCUCCAAACUGACCUUGACAAACUGGGCUAGCGGGGCUCCCAGAAUUAAGGCACCGAAGAUUUGUUUAAUGAUAAAUCCCGAGGAACGGGACAACACCAUACGGGAGGAGAAUUGUAAUGGCGUGCGUCCGUUUGUCUGCAAAUAUAUGCCCAAUAGUCGACGUGCGUGUAUUAACCAGCGGUGGGACUGCCAUGCUGUACUGAGAAGGAACCCCCGCGUCUGCCGGGACUACCCACAGUUUGCCCGCCACCAGUGUCCCUUCUCCUGCGGGUUCUGCCUGCCAUACACCACGCCAUUCUGCAAACUCCCAACACCCCCAAUGAACGUGGAUCCAGUCAGUGACGUCACAUUCAAAUACAUUCCUCGUGGUGACGUCAUCACGUACACAUGUAUACCGGGAACCGUCUUGGUAAGCGGGCAGCUCAGCCGAAUAUGCGAAGAAAGCGGUUGGCUCUCGGGGACAGAACCAGUCUGCGUUGAUGAAAAUGAACGCGUCACUCCCGUCAGCGACAUUGACAUUGUCAAACGUACGCAAAUCUGCCAAGUCAGCACCACUUACAUCGGCAACAACAGCUUACAUCGCAUUCAACGAGAAGGGGAGAUAGUCCAAUGGCGGUUCUACACGCGCGAUGCCGGAAGUACUGUUCUUCAGAUAUGGCGUCCACGACCAGAUAUUGGGCCCGUUCAAUUUCAGUUUAUUGGACAAAACUUGGUCUACUACGAACCUGACAGGGUCAACAUUGUUGACGUUCCUCUCGGAAGCAGAAUCCAGGUAAUGCCAGGCGACCUCAUCGGUAUCUGGUCGGGUCAUAUUGCGACACAAAUCACAUGGAACGCUUGUGGAGUUGAGGGGUACCCGGAAGGAGAGAACAGCCUUACUCUGGACACACACAUUACGACGGCGGCAUUUUUUGAAGUGGACACGGUCUAUAACUGGACUAGUCCCACGUGCAGGACGUUCUCCUUGACUGCUUACGUCAAUAAGACGUACCAAGAGCUAUCACGCACGAAUGAAAUCCCAAUCCAGUCUUCCGCCCACAUCAUCACCAUUGCUAACCGCGUAUAUACCGGAAACAACGCCUACUUCCGGAUCCGCGUCAAUGGCUCGCUAGCUCAGUGGCAGUUCUUUUCGCCAAAUAUCAGCAGGAUCGGCCUACAGGUGUGGCGACCUGUCGGCGGAUACACGUACACGUUCAUCGGCCAGAAUAUGAUCACUACAGAGUAUAACACGACCCAGGUGGUGGACGUGGACCCGUCCGAGCAGAUCAGUGUGAGGGCAGGGGACCUAAUAGGCGUGUCCCUCACAGAUAAAUAUGGGGGGACGGCCUACUCAACAUGCAAGACUAGAAACAAUCCCCAGGCUUUACCCAUGUCCUGGCUGAACAGUGAAGGUGUCGACUUUACUCCAGGAGUCGAUGUGACGUUCAAGGGGAUGACCAGUUGUCGGGUCUUCUAUUUUACAGCUGUUGUGAGACAAGAAACUUGACUUCAUAGACUUAUUGUCAUUAACAAGAUAUCAG